AUGAUGAGUGAAAAUCGACGAAAUCUUCGACCAGAAGAAAUAGCGGAGAAUAAGGAAGAUAUCACACUUAUAUGGUUAGACCAAAACAUUGAUGAUUCAAACGAUUCUCAAGACACACAAACAACUUUUAAACAAUUGAAUAAUUAUGUCCAGUUUUAUACCGAUCCACUCUUAUGUAUUGAUUAUAUUCGAACAAUUAAAGAUGAGCUAAUAUUUCUAGUUGUCUCUGGCUCAUUGUCGAAACAAAUUCUACCUCACAUUUGCUGUUUGCCAUCUGUACAUUCGAUAUUUAUAUUUUGCAUUAAUCGCAACGAUUAUUUGUUUUUACAAAAUGAUUAUCCGAAAAUAGUCGACAUAUUCAUUGAUCAAGAAUCAUUGUUCAAAUCAGUUCGAAAUACGCUUCAUCGAGUAUCGAAACAGACAGUUGCAUUUAGUUUAUUCGAUCAAAAAAAUCAAAAAUCCAUCAGAGAUUUGUCAAAAGAUUCAGCCUCAUUUCUAUGGUAUCAGUUACUUAUUGAUAUUUUAAAGCAAAUGCCACAUACGGAACAGGCCAAACAAGAAAUGCUUGAUAAAUGUUCAGAUUAUUAUCGUACAAAUAGCUGUUUUUUGGAAAAAAUUGAAUUAUUUCGUUCCACUUAUACAUGUGAUAGAGCCAUUGAAUGGUUCACUGAAGAUUCAUUUGUUUACAGGUUACUUAAUAAAGCAUUACGAACAGAAGAUGUUGAUUUACUUUAUUUAUUCCGGUAUUUUAUCAUUGAUUUAUGUAAUCAAUUAGAAUUAGUGAAUAGAAUCAUUCAAAAUGCGACGACCACCCGAGAAGAAAUUCUAACAUUGUAUCGUGGGCAACAAAUCUCCACACAAGAAUUUCAGAAAUUGAAUGAGGGUGUCGGUAUUCUAAUAUCAACCAAUGGGUUUUUUUCAACAACUCGAGAUAUCAAUGUUGCACUUGAUUUUGUUGCCGGUACAUUUGACACAGACGAAUUAAAGGUGAUUUUGUUUGAAAUAAAAGUUGACUGUAGGUUAAAAAACGUGACGUUUGGUGAUAUAAACAAAUACAGUAAAAUGAAAUGUGAGCAAGAAGUUCUCUUUAGUCUUGGUGCUGUAUUUAAAAUAGAUGAAGUUCAAUAUGAUACAAAUUUGCAGUUGUUCAAAAUAAAAAUGACAGCAACAGACGAUGGUUCGAAAGGUGCUGAAGAAUAUCUCAACUAUGUGCGGCGACAACUAGAUAAUUAUACUCCAACGAUUUUAUUUGGACGUCUUUUAUGGAAUGAAAUGGGACAGCUUAUGAAAGCGGAGAAAUAUUUUCAUACGUUACUUAAAACAUUACCAAAUGAUCACGAAGAUCUUUCUGCUGUGUACAAUCAAUUAGGUAACGUAUAUUACCGAAAAGGUGAAGUAGAUUUAGCACUAGAAAAUUCUCUACGCGCCUUCGAACUACGUCAGAAACUAUUGCCUUCUGAUCAUCCUCAUUUAGCUGGUUCGUUAAACAAUCUUGGAGGUAUUUAUUUGUUGAAAGGUGACUUGGGCAAGGCAAUGACUUGCUGUACACAAGUGUUGGUUAUGAAUGAAAAAAAUUAUCCAAACGAUCAUGUUUGUAAAACAAAUACAUUGGCCACAAUAGGUUUGAUAUAUAAGGCAGAAAGGCAGUACGACGCUGCAUUAGAUUUUAUGAAAAAAGCUUUCCAAAUGCGAAAACGGCUCUUACCUGAUAGCCAUCCACUUAUUGCUGAUGGACUGUAUAAAAUUGCCUCUGUGUACGAAAAUAAAUUAGAUUAUAAGAAUUCACUUGACUACUAUCACCAAGCAUUUGAAAUGAUGGAAAAAGCUUUGCCCAAUGAUCACGAACAUCUUCUUCGAACUCUAUCGGACAUUGUUAGAGUUUAUGCAAACGUCUCUGAAUACAACAUUGCUCUACAAUUUUGCAAAAGCAAACUUCAUCUUCGCCGCCGAUCGUAUACUACUAGUGAAAAUCAUUUACAUAAGCUAGCUCAAACUUUUAAAAAUAUGGGUGAUAGUUUUAAUGGAGCACUUGAAUCACUUGACUUUUAUAGUCUAGCUUUAGAUAUUUUACAAAACUCAGAUCAUCCAAUAACAAUCGAAUGCCAUAGGGGUAUGAGUGUCGCGUAUUUUAAUCAAAAUAUGCUUGAUGAUUGUUUAAGUCAUCGUCUAAAAUCAUUGGAGAUUGAGCAAAAAUUAUACGUAUCUAAUCCAAUUCGUUCAGCCGAAUCAUUACACGAUAUUGGUAAGAUUUAUAUAGAAAUAAGAAAUUAUUCGCAAGCUCUUACAUAUUUGACAAAAGGUUUGGAAAUAUUUGAGGCAAAUUACACUACCAUGAAGGAAUAUGAGACCAUGAAAACUAUUCGAAAUGACAUAGUUACAGUCACAGAAAAAUUAAAAAUGUUAUCGACUAUAAAGUGUAUUUAA